ACAAGCUUUUUCUUACAUGGUUCGAUAUUUAUGCAUCUUUAGAAAUGUUUGCUGCAGCAACCAAAAACUUUGUGAAGCAGGUGGGAGACACAGGGAGGUUGAUCCCUGUCCCGAGCCUGAGUGAGGCUGACCGCUACCAGCCCCUCAGCCUGGUUACCAGAAAGAGGAAGAGGCAUUUUUGGAAGAAGGACAAGUACGCCUCAACACCCUUCUCACUGAAAGACAUCCUGGUGGGCGAGAAAGAGAUCACAGCAGGGGUGUCCUCUUACCAACUCCUCAACUACGAAGAUAAAUCUGAUGUAGCUCUCAAUGGUCGGUUAGGGAACCACAUCAUCAAUGAUGUGGGGUUCAACAUCAGCGGGUCAGACUCAGUGGCUGUAAAAGCCUCCUUUGGCAUUGUGACCAAACACGAGCUGGAGGUGCCGACGUUAUUGCGUGAACUCAACUCCAGGAAAGUGGACCUGGAUCACUGCCUGAUUCGUCAGUCAAAGGAGAGCGGACGCAGUGUCCUCUGUGUUGUUGUGGAGAGUAUUCGCACCACCCGUCAAUGCUCUCUGACCGUGCAUGCUGGCAUGAGAGGGACCACCAUGAGGUUUCAGAUUGACGAUGGCAGAAACCCCAAAGGUCGAGACAAGGCCAUUGUCAUCCCAGCUCACACCACCAUCGCCUUCAGCAUCUGUGAGCUCUUUGUUCGACUGGAUGGACGACUUGAUAUUUGUGUGACUCCGGAGUCACAGGGAGGCUUUGAGCGUGAGCAAAUCCGGGAGCAGCUCGGUGGUUUCAUUGGUCGCUUCUCCAUGGGGCGACUACGCCGCUUCCUCUCUGGGAUCAUCUACGGAAACCCCUUUAGAGCAGAUGACCGAACAUUCGAAGAGCUCACCCACUCUGACACCUACAUGGACGACAUGGUGACCGACUACUACGAGAAGGCCGCCAGCAUGACGGACAUUUCCACCGCUUACUUGAGGGAAAGCUCACAUACAAGGGUCAACCUCCUCAAACACAACAUCCCCAAGGGCCCCUGUGCGCUCUGCGGGAUGGGCAACCAACGGCGGGAAACCGUGUACGGCUGCCUGGAGUGCUCGACCGGGGGCCAGAAAUACGUCCGGCUGCAUGUGGUACCCUGUUUUGAUCUCUGGCAUAAAACCUUGAGGUGAAAAAGGCCUUUUUUUCUUACAAGUGAUACAAGUGUGACUGUUUAUCACGCUGUCGUGAAAACUGGGCCGACAGCCUCAACACGCCAUUACUUCAGCUGCAGCCAAGUGAUCCAGUAAAAGAUGUAAACAUAAACCUGGUGCUAUCCGUACCUUUGUGGUGUAUCGUUUUCAGUAUCCCACUGGCACCGGCGCAUUUCUACACGUGUGCUGUGUGUGUACUGUAGCUGCCAGCUGAUUUAUUAUUAACUGAGGGUAUUAAAAAUAGAUGGGAGGAGGGAUCGUGUGAAGGCCAGCGACGAACAAGUUCCAAGUGUGUCACUGAUGUUGAGUUUCUGUUUUAAAUUUGUCUCGCUUGAAUUUCAGUUUCCAAUUUUGUUUAGUUUUUUUGUUUCUUUUGGGGAUGUUUUAUUUAAAGACAUGCACUUCUAACAUACUAAGAAACACAACUACACAAGAGCCAUAAAGUCAGCAAUGGUUAUGUCCUAAUCUACUAUUAUCAAGGCUGUAUGUCUUCUUACUAGGAAAAUAAGGUGUUUUAGGAGUAACAUAUUUCUAUCUUUCUGUUCUUAUUUUAACUGAUUAUU